CGCAGAGCCUCGCCGCGCAACACCAUCGCCCGGAGGCCACAGCAGAAGGCCGGCAUCGCCUCGCAGACAAGACAAGACCGCUCAGCAAACAGCAUGGCGCCUGCUCCGCCAGCGGACGGCGUGCGCGUGCGCGUGCACAACCGCCUCGCCCACGCCCUGCAGCUCACCUUCACGCCGACGGCGCCGGCCAGCAGCGCCGUGCGGCAGCAUGCCCUCGGCUCAGCCCAGCACGCCGUCUUUGAGCUGCCCGACGCAUGCGUGCUGCGCGUGCAGGGCGCCGGCAAGCUGGCGUCCUCGGCGCCGCUGCAUCUCAACCUGGCGCCGCCGACGCGCACGCAGCAGGUGCGCGCAGCCCGCCGGGCACUCAGCGUCGCGAGCAGCGGCAGCGAGGCGCUGCGCUGGAGGUCGAGCACGCCGUCGGCGGCGGCGCCCUUCCUCUCUGCUCUGUCUGAGCCCGACAGCGCCGACGUGCAGCACCUGCUGCUCUACCCCGUGCGCGACAGCCGCAGCUUCCUCUCGUCCCUGCCGGACAGCGCGCUGCUCUCGUCGCUCAGUCUGCCCGGCACGCACGAGUCGCUCGCAAUGCACGGCUGGCCCGUGUCGCAGUGCCAGAGCGCCGCACUGACUGCGCAGCUCAACGCCGGCGUGCGCUUCCUCGACGUCCGCCUCGCGCUCAAGGUCGAGCAGGGCGAGGAGCGCCUGCUGGCCUUCCACGGCCCGACGGAGCAGUUCCGCGAGCUCGGCGAGGUGCUGACGGAGCUGUACGCGUGGCUCGACGGGCCGGGCAAGCGCGAGACCUUGGUCAUCUCGCUCAAGCCCGAAGGCUCGCUCUCUGACCCGUGGGCCAAGGUGCUUUAUGCCCGCCACGUCGAUCCCAGCCGCAAGCGUUGGUGGCUCGAGAACAGGGUGCCCACGCUCGGCGAGUGCCGCGGCAAGCUCAUCAUGUUCAGCCGCUUCGUGCCGCUGCCAGGCAAGCCUGCUGGCAUCAAUUCGACAAAGUGGCCUGACUCUUUCGACGGCUGCUUCUCGUACUCUCUGCCGUCCGGCCAGACAAUCGCGACGCAGGACUGGUACAAGAUCGGUGUGCUGGCAGCGAUCCCGCACAAGAUCGACCUGGUGCAGCAGCUGCUCGCAGCGUACGGCUCGCGCGACGACGUGCUCUCGCUCUGCUUCCUCAGUGCCAGCUCGUUCCCGUUCGCGCUGCCGCAGCCCGCGGCGCUCGGCAUGUUCAAGAGCGGCCCGCCAUGCCUGCGUGUCAUCGGCCUCAACGACCGCAUGUUCGACCUCGUCGCCUCGCGCCUGACGUCGGCUGGAGCCUCGCUGACGAGCGCUGAAGCCGCUUCUUCAGAGAAGAGUCUCGACAUCAAGGGCGACCUGCAGGCGCUGGCUGUGUCGGGCCGAAUGAGCGCGGCGAGCGGGCUUGGCAGCGUCUAUGCGCUCGACUUCUGCGAGCAGACGCAGGAUCUGCUGUCGCUGCUCAUUGAAGCAAACUUUGCCCCUGGCCAGGCGGUGCCGAUCGUCAAGGCCUAGCAAGAAGACCACAUUUACGCGCACAUCGAUGCGUCACGGAUCUGUCAUUGGACCCCAGAUACCCGCCUGCCGCCCUUGUCUCUCACUUGCGCGCGUCUCCCUUGCGGCUGCCCUCGGACAUGCCUUCUGCCUGCUCGUGGAUGCGUGCCUCCUCUGUAUACCACACGUCAGCCGCAAUCUGCCAU